AUGCAGCACCCAAACCUGCUGCCGCUGCUCGGGGUCUGCCCUGAGUCUCGGCAGUUCGUGUACGGCCUCAUGCAGAAUGGGAGCGUGGACGAUGCGCUGCACGGCCGGCGGCCGCCAGGGGCGGCCGGCCCGGUGCGCCUCGACUGGGCUGCGCGCACCCGACUCGGCUGCGAGGCGGCUGCGGCGCUACAACACCUGCACACAGCGCACCCAAUGCCCAUCGUGCACGGCCGCCUGCAGCCCUCGACCAUCCUGUUAGACGAGCACCUCCGCGGAAGGCUGGGCGACGCCGGUGUUGCGGCCACAUUUGGAGCGCAUCAGGUGCGUCAGGCGACGCCUUAUCUGGCGCCGGAGGUGGCGGCGGGCUGUCAGCCGACGCCCGCCAGCGACUUGUACUCGUUGGGAGUGGUGCUACUGCAGCUGCUUACCGGAUCGGAGCCUGCCGGGCUGGUGCGGCACAUGGCGGAUGCGGCCAGAACUGGCGCCAUCGAUUGCACCACGGACCCUUGCGCAGGCGGCUGGCCGCUGGAGGAUGCUGUAAAGCUCUGCCAGCUGGCGCUGAGGUGCACGGCUGAGGAUGCAGGCAGUAGGCCCAGGCUCGCCAGUGAUUUGCUGCCAGCGCUCUGCCGGCUGUCAGGCAGGGCCGAGAGUGCUGUCAGGCUCAGCACCAGCACAUCUGCAAGCAGCCAGGAGCCACCAGCCAUGCUCAUCUGCCCCAUCACACAGGAUUUGAUGGAAGAUCCGGUGGUGGCCGCGGACGGCUUCACAUACUCCCGGGCAGCGAUUGAGGAGUGGCAGCGCUCCGGCCACGACACAUCCCCCAUGACUAACCUGCGCCUGGCCCACAGGCAUCUCACGCCCAACUACACGCUGCGCUCUGUCGCGCUGGAGUGGAGGGCUGCGCGCGAUAAGGGGCUGUCCUGA